UGGUCGAGAAGUCUUUUCGCUACACUGCUCUCCCUUUCGUGAUCGGAGUUGAGAGGGAUGGCAUACAUAUAAUAUAAGCGUCCAAGUUGAAGUUGAACUAAUACCGAAUGCUCAACUGUGGUAAAAAAAUUUUCGACAAUAAGCAAAGGACAUACCAAAGAUGUCCUCUACUAGUCCAUACUCUGCCGCUACCCAACAUACCUUGACCAAAUCUCUUGCAUUAAUUGCCCCGUCAAUCCUUGAAGGGGCUACAAAAUACAUCACCAAUCCGACAGCACGGGAUAAAAUGACCGAGGACACUAUCCAACAGCUCAAAAGUGGUAUCCCAGAGGUGGCAACUUCCAUUGGCAGCCAGUCCCCGCGCCAUAUGAUCCUUCACGUCAAAACCCCUACGUAUCAUUCGAAGCUGAGAGACUCUGGAUUGCAGACUACAGUCACGUACAGUUGGAGCACGCGACAUCCUACAAAAGCGGGAAGGUCGGCGCAAACUGUCCUUGCGAGGUUUGUACCAGAGGUAUGGUUUGGUGCAUCAUCUAUCGGGAGCCGUCCCGUAUUGAGCGCGACACCCUCUUCUGGUCCAUCGAGGGAGGAGUACUCUGAAGAACUCGAAAGUAUAGCUGCGGGAAUGCUCACAGAGUGUCUGGAAGAUAUCAUCGACGAAGAUGGCGAUGAUCUAGGGGCGUCUUUCGAAACAGCUUUGGAACUGAUGGCCCACAAGUGCAAACAGGGGUCUGCAGCCAUCUGCCAGUCGAUGGGCGCAAGCGUUAUAGAUGGACUUGAUGGUGAAGGUGACCCUUACACGUUCUUCUUUGAGACUGAUAAUUGUUCGCUUACGCCUGGGGAUGGUGGCUCACUUUCAUUUACUGGCCAUGUGACCGGAGAGGGAUGGCGGAAUGCCGAUGACGAGAAGCCUGAGAAAUUUAAUUUGCGGCCCGCUGACUGGAACUUUGCAGUUUCGGCUGAAGAAGUGCGGUCGGCCAAGAAUUUGCUGUAGUCAUUAGCAUCAGCCAUAUGCACUGUUUCCAGUUGUAAAGAAGUCAAAAUAACUCACCACUCAAAGGCCUAUGCGUGUAGCGCCGCACAGACCACCCAUCAACAGCCCAUCAAUCCUCCCGUGUAUCCAGUUCGUCUUUCAUAACU